CCGCUCCUCUGCCCGCCCUCAGCGGCGGCGGCGGCGGCGCCCGGCCUCUUUGUGCCGCCCGCCCCGGCACCCGGUGUCCUCCGCUUCGCCCCGACCCUGCUUCGCUCGGCUCCGGCCACCGACGCUGCCGCUGAGGGGAUCGGCGGGUCAGCCCGACCCCGCCCUGCUGCGGGGCUUGCCCGCCUCCUUCCCCGCCCCGCCGCCGCUCUACCCCGCCUCGCCCCUCUGCUCCCGGUGCGGGCCACUCGCCGCCGCCUCUCCGGGCUGCCUGCGAGCCCGCCGUGCCGCCCGGAGCUCCCCCGCCGUCGGGGAUGGCGCGGCUGCCAGCGCCCGUGCGCGCCUGAGACGGAGGGGCGAGCCCGCCGCCGCCGCGGGAGGAGGAGGAGGAAAAGCAGGAGGAGGAGGAGAGAUGAAGCGCUUCCACCCUGGGGUCGCGCUGCUGCUCUCGCUGCUGUGGGAGUGUACAGAGGCCAAAAAGCAUUGCUGGUAUUUUGAAGGAUUAUAUCCUACAUAUUAUAUAUGUCGCUCCUAUGAGGAUUGCUGUGGCUCAAGAUGCUGUGUAAGAGCUCUCUCUAUCCAGCGACUAUGGUAUUUUUGGUUCCUUUUAAUGAUGGGAGUUUUGUUCUGUUGUGGAGCUGGUUUCUUCAUCCGAAGGCGGAUGUAUCCUCCUCCAUUAGUAGAAGAACCUACCUUUAACGUGUCUUACACCCGACAACCAGUCAACACUGCAUCAGGGUCACAACAACCUGGAGUGCCGUAUUACACAGAUCCAGGUGGACCUGUGAUGAAUCCCAUGGCUAUGGCUUUCCACGUCCAGCCCAAUUCCCCACAAGGAAACCCGGUUUACCCACCCCCACCUUCCUAUUGCAACACACCACCUCCCCCCUAUGAGCAGGUGGUGAAAUCCUCCACGUGAGGACUUUGGCUCUCUGACCUGACUGUAUGAGAAGAAGGUGCAAUUGCAAAAUGACCAAGAUGGAGGGCACCUGCCCUUCUGAACACUUGCUAGUUUUCCAAGUCCUCUCUCCUUCCCUUCCCUGCACCUUUCCUCAUUAAAGUUACUUGCAAAGGGGUGAUUUUUAAAUUUUUUUUUUCUUUUUUUUAGUAGAAGUGGAUUUUUUCUUUGUCUUCAAAAUGAGAGAAGUUGUCUUUGUAAUGCUUUUAAUGGAAACCUGUAUUUAAAACCUGUAUGUCUUUCUCUUUAUUUAUAGUUUGUUUCAAUCAAGGUUUUAAUUGUGUCAUGGCAGUUACUGAUAGCAGUUCUUGCAACCCCAGAGUGACAUGCAGCCUCCUAAGACCCCACAGCAGAAAUUCCCUGAGCUAAGGGAAACAACAGAGAAAGGUAGAAGCAGCAGGGCAAUGAUUUUACCAGAAAUUAUGACUACUAUCUUUUGCUUUUACAAUUUUCUUUUACAAUUUAGUUCUCAUGUGUAACAGAAAGAUUCUCUGAUAAAAUUAUGCUCUAGAUGCUCUAUUUACUGUGACUAGAGUACCAGUGUUGGUUGAGUUGUGGCAGAGGCUCUGCCAAAUGCCCUAGAAAAGAGGGAGUUGUUACUUUAAAUGAUGCAUCAAAGAUUAAGGACUGGGACUUGAGUGCUUCUUGUCCAUCACCUGGACUUUGCCUGUGUGAUCGGCAUCUUGACCUCCCUGGUUUUACCAGUGCUGAGAUUGUAAGACACAGAAAAUGACCAACAGAUUUUGGCAUGGGAGGAAGAUAUUACAACCUCAGAGCUACUUGUGCCUCUUGACAGAACAGUUAGAAACACUGAAAUACAUGAGGUUUUUCUUUCCCUAAAUUGGAAAAUAUUUAUAGUAAGAAGGAAUGCAAGCAUAGGUACAAGUUUACUCCUUUUGGCAUUGAUGGGAGUUUAGUCUCUGAGAAAUAGUAUCUUUCAUUAUAGUCUUACUGCUGCCACAAAGAGUACCAAGUAAGCUGUCAUCUUAGGUGACAGAUCUGUAAAUCUGCUCUCCUCUCUAGGUCAGAAAAAUAAUAAUUUUUGGGACAGUUUCUUAAUAGCAUUCUUCGACAUGAUGCACAGAUGGUUUGGCUUUCAAUAUCUCUUAGCUCUUCAUGCAUUUUGUUGUGAGUGCUCAUGGCCAACCUUCUAAGUGGCCACAAAUGAACAUCUUCAAAUAAACACAGACGCCCUUUGCAUGUCAGGGCUCUCACAACCAUCCAUGUCUAGCAAAAAUUUGAAGUUGCUCUGAAACUUGACUUUGUACUAAUGAGAUCUUCUCCCUUUGUGCAUAUUCAGACAUGUCACUGAGCAGCGGCAAAAAGAAGAUGCCAUUGCCUCCUGCUGCUGAGGGACCUGCAAAAAUAACAUAGCUGAGGGUUAGGAGUACUAUGUGGUCUCUUGGGUAGCAGGUGAAUGCUCCUGUGUGACGCCAGCAUGGGCACAGAGGUCUCACUGAGGUGAAGACCUGUGUUGCACAGGGAGCCCAGGCUUUAUUGUGCUGUUGUUCUGUGUCAGUGGCUUCUGAGAACUUGUUUCUAGGUGUCAAGCUGGAUUUGCAAAACAUCCCUUUUGCUGUGAGUGUAAGUUUCUAACAGAAAAACUUGUAAGGGCCACUGUUUCUGCUGGUGGAGUCAGUAGCUGUCUGGAGCAGAGCUAGCACUGGAGGAGUUCAUUCCUGCAUACCCGACUUCAGUGAAAUUGUAACCAAGGCUUUCCCUUACUGUGCAUCAUAAUAACACACAAAGGAAAGUACUUCUUUGUGUGCAGUUUUAGGCUUGAGGGACAUUCAGAUAACAAAAAAGUAUAUUUUAUAGAUGAAUACGAGGUCCAUCUGCACAUUUCAACUAUAUAUAUUUUCUAAAUUAGCUUGCACUUGAAGUGUAAAAGCUGUGUAUGUUACUGAGUAUGGUUGUGUUUACAGAACAUCAUUUUUUAAAAGCAAUUCUGACCUUUUCCUGGUAAUAGAAAUGGCAACAGACCUCAUGUUAAUAGAUGUUGUUAAGUCCUUUUAUAUUAUGAAAUGUAUCUAUGACAGCUGGCAUUGUCCUGGACACAUUGAAUAGAAGCCUUUGUACAGUGAAAUUCAACUUCAGGUGAACUUUCCCUGAAGUCUGGCUUGUUUAUUUCCUAAUAUUGAUGGAUGACACUACCUCGUACAACACAGGGAAUUCUCUGCUAGCAAACUUGCUUGGUCUUUUCUUGAAACCAUACCAUCUGCGUGGGAAUCCAUAUGCAUUAAUUGCAAAUUGUUUACGUGCCUUUCCUCUAGUUGCUUUGGCAAUUCCAACAGGAUUUUACUUGGCAGUGGUGAUACCCUGGGAGCUCCCAGCUGCUGCAGCUUUGCUAAUGUGAACUUCCCCAUGGGGGUUUGGUGCUUUAUCUGUUGGGAUUUUCUGGGUGCAGCUACCGCGUCCUCUCUCAAACACAAGAGAGAUGUGGGUGCCUCACUGCUGAGGCAGGGUGGUUUGACUGCAAAAUAAGGUUGGUUGUCACGGCUGGGAGCCCUGGGGAUGUGUGCGGCACUACCCUGCCCCUUCCCAGGAGCACUGGACCAGUGUGCAGCUGACUCCCAGCUGGCCUUUGAGAUCUCCCCAUCUACCUCAGGAAGGUAAUUUUUGUGUCUUGGUCCUGUCUCCUGGUUCUUGCAGUGAGGUUUGAUACAGGGGUUAAACUCCUUGACAGGACUUGGCCAGAAUGGAGAUGCUCUAGCAGAGCCACUGAACCUAGGUGGGGAGCCGGGAACAUGAACAAUGUAACCCCUCGAGAUCCUUUCUUCAGUUGUGCAUCCCCAAAAUGUGUGUGGUGUACCUCUGAGGAGGCAGGGACCAGGCAGGGAAGGACACCUCUGCCUGUGACCUGGCAGUAGGAACAAUGAGAAGGGGUCCUCCUGAAAUCUCCAGCUACUCUGCUUUUUGACAAGAGGCACCACCAGGGACUCUUGCCUGUAGUUCUGGUGGGGCCUGUGUUUAUCACUUUGGGAGGUGAUAAUGUGACAACUUUUUAUGAUUUGUGGGUGGGGUUUUUUUGGGUUUUUUUUUUUUCCUUUGGAGCGUCUGUGACAGUUCACACUGCUCUAACAACAAACAGCUAGGACUGUAUUUUCCAAAAAGGUACUCAGACCAUGUGAAGAAGCAAAGGAGAUAUUGUUUCCUCUCUGCUUUAAAAAAACCCAACUCCAAAACCUCAGAAAGAUUAGCUUCAUAUACAUAUAUCCAAAACAUCACUUUUUGGCACACAGGUCAGCCAAGAAGCUGUAACACUUUUUCAGAUAGUGACGCCUAUCUUCUUUUUCUGAUCUAACAUUGCUAAUUGAGUAGGUGAGUCAGGAUGCAUUUGUAGACCCUGUGGCUGUGGAAGCCCUCCCCUCUGACGACGCCCUGUCAGCAGGAGCUGAGCUGCCUUACAGUUUGUACUAUUUGGCAGGGAAACGACUACAGAGACACCACGCAGGGCAAGAUCCAGCAUGAGACAGCUUUUACAAAGCAACUGCUAGAUAAUAAGGCAAUUAAAGAUGAGAGGUGCAACUGGCAGCCACUGUUCCAAGCUGCCACGUGCUGCAAGGUGAGAGGGACAGCAGACAAGGCACAGGGAAUAGUGACAAGCAGCUUUGCCUUCCUGCACAAAUCUCUUAUUUUAGCUUUAUGCAGUGAGAGAAGUCACAAGGAUGGAUGUCUCUUUACCUGUCCCACUCUGCUUCUCUCCUGCUGCCUGCCUAACCCUAUUUUACCUAAUAGCUACAAGCCAUAAUCCACUUGUAGAUGCCAAGGAGAAGCAGUGGUUUAAAGUCAGGUCCCUGUGCACAAAUCACAGUGGCCCUGACUGUGAAUUGACAUGAAACAAAUGAAAACAUAGGGGGAAAAAAGUGAAGAGUUUCACUAGGAACGUCUGCUGCACCAAACACCCUGCUGGACAGGGCUCAGGCAGCACAGUGGUGCCUAGCUAUGAGGUGACACAGCACACGUACUACUUCUCAUGCAUCUCUCGUGUGCUAUUUAGAUGUUACAGAUCUGCUGUGCUAGAAAAGCCCCAAAGGAGUUACCCACCUACACCUGAAUUAGUACAGUUUAUCUACAGACCAGAACUGGUCCUCUCCAUCCAAAAAAAGCAGCGGUUGUUUCUCUUAGUGGCCAAGAUGGCCAUGAGUGAUGCAAGGGACUUGGUGAAAUAGAAAUACUACCCCUUGCCUGCAGCAUGCUUGAUGUUUCCUUCUGUUGAAGCCUAGCUAGAGGAACAUUUCAAACUUCCUCAAAGCUCUGGGAAACAGCUCUUACGCAGCUGGACAGAGAUUUCAUACGUGUGUUUUAAAAACCAGUUCAUCCUGACUCUGGCUUUAGCUACAAAAUCUUCAACAGGAUCUGUGUGGACACACAGGAAAGCAGAGCUUUGCACUAAGCAACAUACACUAAAAAUCACCUGGGAGCAGCAGCAGGAAAGACACCUGCAGUGCUAGGAAAAUGUGAAGGUUACAAAAAAGCAAUC